CAUUCUGAUCGGGUCGAAUCGGAGACGGUGAUCGGCUCUGUUCGAUUGGUGACUUAACACCCGUUUUGUGCAUUUUUUUUACCGCAGAUGCAACUGAUCGUGAUGAGUUUGUUGCCCUAGGGGCAUUUCGAUUGUUAAUAUUAGCCACAAAAUAAUUGUACUUACAAACCACUCCAAAUGGACGUGGCUUUCGAAUAAGGAAUUCAGUCACAUUCCAGCUGUGUGGAAUAUUUGGAAUGCAAGAUCAAGAUGGUGGUAACUAUAAAGAAAAGACUUAAUGUCUCAUACUACUGCUGAUUUAUCUCGUCAACGUUAUCAAAGUUGGAGAAUGGAAUGGAUAACUCGUACCCUUUACUACUUUCCUCUUUCAACGAUCAAAUCUCUGAUCGAACCAUUAAUCAACAGUUACAGAAACUGUCACUUUACUCUCCAACAUCAGACUCCAUAGAUCUUGGAUAUCAUACAUUAGAUAAUAAUCCUUGCAGAUCAUCAUCAUCACCAUCUAUCAUCAAUGUUCCUUCGAGGCAACAUGUUCAACAUAAAAGAAACUAUAAUAUCGGUCUUUGUCAACUAGAUGAUAACAUUUUAUUGAAAAUCAUCAGCUGGUUGACUACACAAGAGCGAUGUAUAUUGGCGCAAACUUGCAGAAAGCUUUGGGAAAUAGCGUGGCAUCCAUCACUGUGGAAAGAAGUUGAAAUUCGUUACCCACAGAAUGCUACCAUUGCUUUAAGAUCAAUCGCCAGACGUGGAUGUCAUUCUUAUAUAAAACGAUUGGUCGUCGAAGGUGCUACUGGAUUUUCUGGACUAUUUUCUGUGCUACCAUUUGCUAGCUUAACAUCUCUGGUUCUUCGUCAUUCACGAAGAGUAACUGAUUCUAAUGUUACAACUAUUUUGGAUAAUUGCGUUCAUUUAAAAGGAUUAGAUUUAACGGGGUGCAUUAAUGUAACACGAGCAUACUCUCAUGUGGGAUCAACACAAUUGGAGUCAUUAGAUUUAAGUGAUUGCCAUGGUGUUGAUGAUUCUGGUAUAGUCGUAACACUUUCUCAAACCCCUCAACUGACUUUUUUGUAUCUUCGACGGUGCAUACGUAUCACUGACGCUAGUCUCAUUUCCAUUGCUUCUUACUGCAGUGGUCUUAGACAAUUAUCAGUUUCUGACUGCACCAGAAUUACUGAUUUUGGAGUAAGAGAACUUGCAGCUCGACUUGGCCCAUCAUUGAGAUAUUUUUCUGUCGGUAAAUGUGAUCGAGUCUCUGAUGCAGGAUUACUUGUCGUUGCUAGGCAUUGCUAUAAGCUGAGAUACUUGAAUGCUCGUGGAUGCGAAGCUUUGAGUGAUGUUGCAACUAUUGCAUUAGCACGUGGAUGUCCGAGAUUACGAGCUUUAGAUCUUGGCAAGUGUGAUAUCGGUGACCCUACACUUGAAGCACUAUCUACAGGGUGUCCAAACUUAAAGAAACUUUCUUUGUGUGGGUGUGAACGUGUUACUGAUGCUGGUUUAGAAGCUUUAGCUUAUUAUGUACGAGGAUUACGUCAAUUAAAUAUUGGAGAAUGUACUAAAGUAACUAAAAUCGGAUACCGAGCUGUUAAAAGUUAUUGUCGUCGAUGUGUCAUUGAACACACAAAUCCUGGGUUUUCUAGCUGAUAUUUUGCCAUUGCUUAUUUUCGCUUUAUUAAAAUAUUUUAUUUAUUAACAAACUAUAUAGAGUGGAUUUUUAUGUAGAAAAAUUUUUAACAAUUAUUAAUGCAAUAAUUGUCAAGUCAUUCAAUUUAAAAUGUCAUUGGCUGUAAAAAAUUGCCUACUUAUCUAAGUAAAAUGGGUUAUUUAUUUGAGUUUGUAAUAUUUAAAUAAAAUAACAUCUAUUGGUCUAAUGCUUUACUAUAAAAUGCAUAUAAUUUUUUAAUCAUUUACAAUAAUUUUACUUGUUAGAUAUAAAGUAUUGAAAAGAAGAAUGAAAAUUUAUUUUUGUGUAUGAUUUUUGAGUACUUGUUAAUUUAAGUUGAUUAUAAAAAAUG